AUGUUUAUUAAUCUUAAAUACUGCUUCAAGCUGUUGCUCAAGCGCAUUCAAAUCACCGUGGUCGAAUUAGCAUUUCCAUCAAUUACAUUGUCGAACGGUACCGUUGGUAUCAGACCCAGGGUGAUUUUCGCCAAUGACAAGAGCAAGAUCUUAGUUUCUGGAGAGAACUAA